AAAGGUUGGGAACCUGGCUGGGACACGUCCACGUUCUCCACACUAUCGCAGUUCAUUCUUCAACGGAUGUGUUUCUUUCCAGGAAUUCAAGACACACGCCCCUCCCUCACUACCAAGUAUUUAUCAGUUGGGGCAAUGACAUGAAGGAGGAUUGGGGGGGGGGAGAGUAGGGGUGACCAAGAAUAAGAAUGGCACAGAGGAGGGCCUAGGAAGAAGGGUUAGUCAGUAAAGCGCUUCCACACAAGUCCGGGGACCCAGUUAGAUCCCUAGUUCUUUAGCAAAGCUUGGUCCGGUUGUGUGUGCUUGAUCUCAGUACGGGAAGGCAGAGACAGGCUGAUCAGGGGUUGCCAGGCUCCCAGGGGAGACCCUGUUUUGAAAACCAUGGAGGUUGGCCCUGGAGAAAUGGCACCGGAUGUUGACCUCUUGCCACCACUUGCACACACACGUGCACGUGCACGCCCAUGUGUGCACCCUCGCUAGGUGCACACAGAGAUGAGUGGCACAGAAAAAUACUCUGGAAUAUAGAGUUCUGACAGCCACUCCCGGCUCUCACUUUUGAAAUGAAUUAAGUCAACACAUCCUUAAAAUAUGAGAAAAUCAGUCUGUGAUGUUUAAAUGGUCUCUUGUUCUUUGACAGCUACAGAAAACAUGAAUAAAAGAGAUUGGCCAUUCAUGAUGAUUCAGAGAAAUGACAUCUCAGCAGAUAACCUGGCGCUCCAUAUGAAAGAUGGGAUGAGAAACUUCAGGUAUAAGCCAGCAGACUACCAACAGUUACGUGCGUUAACCAAAGCCAGGAAGUUAGCGUCUGCUUCCGCAGAGCAGAAGAUCAGAAAAGCCGUGGAGACUUCCAAGGCAGCGAAAGAACAAAUGUUGAUCAAACAGCACAAACAAGUGUGGUGGCGGGAACAGGAGCGGCUGAACGGACUCAGAUGUAAAUUGGAGUCUGAAAUAAAAUCUUGUCUCAGUGAGGAGAGCAUUGGAAAUGAAUGUUUUUGUGAGCUUAUGAAUUUUGAGCAGGAGCUGUCAGAACAAUGGUGCACAUAUCUUAAAGCUGCGAUCAACCCUAUUCAUCAACUGAGAGCAAACCUGAGGAGACAGCGCCACACUUCCCAGCAUGCACCCUGCUGUAAGGGGUCUAAUUCAGCAGUGGUUCUCGAAGAGGUUGACUUUGUCAAGAAACAAUCCAAGGCUCUCUUUGCAAGACUUGAUCAGGAGCGACAGGAAAUAGAAAAAGACCUUUCAGACUGGAGUGUGAAGUUACUAGAUUAUUCUUCAGAAGAAAAGGCUAACCUGCUCAGUGAACAGCCCACGGAGUUAGAGACUUUGGAGUGCCCAUACCCUGAUCUGAAAUCGUCCAUCCUUACUGAGUUCUCAAACUUUACAGAGAAAUAUCAAAAGAAACUUAAAGACGUUGAUCUGCAAUUAGAAGACAUACGCAGAAACUUUCAACUAAGUGAAGAAGAGCAGAGGAUUUACCAGGCUGUCUUAGAGCAGUACCCUGGAAAUCUCCUUGGCAGAAGGACUCUUUACUUGGACAUGUUACAAAGAUAUUUUCCUCACAAACCUAGGCAUCAUUUGGUAGAACAUGAGAAAUACUCUGACCAGUAUCACUUUGCUGGAGAGCAGAGAAGAAUCCUGAUAGACAAUUGGGAAAAGAGUAGGAAAGACUUUAUACAGAAAGCCAUGUUGACCCUCCUUGAGGCCUGUGCAGCCCAUGAAGUGGAGAGCAUGCUGGCCAAGGACAGGAAGAGGCAGCAGGAACUGUGUGCUGAUCUGAAAGCCAAGGUUUCUCAAUGGCGAGCCCAUCAGGAAGAGCUAGCAAGACUGGAAAUGGAAAUUUCAGUCAGAAGAAGAGAAAGGGAAGAGGAGAAAGAGAAACUAUGGAAAAAGAAGGAAUUGCUACAAAGGGAAGAGGCAAAGAUAAAGAUAAGGAAAUACUGGGCUAAGAAACAGCAGAAGUGGCAAGACAUGGAAAUGAGAGACCUCCAGCGUCUAGAGGAGCUGAAGACAUUAAUGGCUGAACAGUCCGUGAAAGACAGAGAAAGGGUUAAAUACAGACAAGAAUUGCUGGAGAAGCGUUUGAUGGAGAGAAAAAACAUGGCCCUUCAAGAAGUUCAGGAAGAAGAAGAGAGAGAGAGGCGGCUGGAAGCCCUUCGAAAACAGGUUGCUGUUGUUGUUCAAUCUGAUCCAGUCAGAAUGAUGUCAGAUACCAUGGCAUGGAAAGCUAGGACAGGCACUGAACGUGAAGAUGAAUUUAUCCUGCAAAAGCCACUUUUUACACUGACCACAUACAAUGAGCAGCAGAUAACUUCCGAUCCUAGACUUCGAUUUGAGUUAGCGCUUCGAGAAGCUGGACUCCAUAAGACACUGUACGCCAAAGAGAUGCUACCAAAAAUCAGUCCCCAGAAGCCUCCAAGGAAGGACACAGAGUCUACUGUAUUCAAACUCUAGAGGGCAUGCGCAAACAUUAUAUGGACAUGGAUAAUGAUUAUCACCACGUCUCAAUGUUUAAAACCCACCAGACACAUAAAUCAUAGCAUUUAUAAACAA